UAUGUAAAAUGUUGAAUUCAGUAGUACAAAAGUAUUUUUUGACAUUAGAAUUUCUACUUUUACUUAAGCAAAGUACUUUCUCCACUUCUGCACCACAUGAACCUAAAUGUGUAGAACAUUUAUGGAGAUAUGUAGCACUCAAAGGACCUCAGGGUCGUGUGCAAACAAAUUGCUGUUAAAUACUGAGGAUUGGCCUUCAAGUUUUUGUUGAGCUCCUGUUGUCUAAGAAGUUGCAAGCUCUUUUUUGUUUUACUACACAGGGCUUUCCUUGUGCAGGAAUAAGCUGUGCCUGUCUGCACUGCUGACACCUGACACCCCCUCACCCUUCUCACACACACAGCCUCAAGCCUCCGUACUCACAAAUAGCUCCCCUUGGCGUGCCGUCAUGGCUCUGGAUAUGAAAAGGACGUGGCUUGUAAUCGGGUCUCUCACUCUCUGCCUGUCCUUUGCCCCAUCUGCUGCCUACCAGGAGGGACCAAAGGAGCAGAAACCAGCAUGUCGGACCAGUCUGCUUUUGACACGGACGUAUGGACCCUGACCCGGUUUGUCAUCGAGACCGGCCGCCAGGCUAAGGGGGCGACCGGUGAGCUUACCCAGCUCAUCAAUUCUAUACUGACCGCCGUCAAAGCCAUUUCCUGUGCUGUGCGCAAGGCAGGCCUAGCCCACCUGCAGGGCUUGGCGGGCUCCGUGAACGUUACAGGGGACGAUGUGAAGAAGCUGGACGUGCUGUCCAAUGUCCUGAUGAUCAACAUGCUGCAGGCCUCCUACAGCACCUGCUGCAUGGUGUCAGAGGAGAACAAGGAGCUCAUCAUCACCCCCAAAGAUAAGAGGGGAAAGUACGUUGUCUGUUUCGACCCUCUGGACGGCUCCAGUAACAUCGACUGCUUGGCUUCUAUCGGCACCAUCUUUGCCAUCUACAAACGGGUAACAGAGGGGGAGCCAACAGAUAAAGAUGCCCUGCAGGCAGGAAACAACAUCGUGUGUGCGGGCUACACCCUGUACGGCAGCGCCACCCUGGUGGCCAUCAGCACCGGCGCCGGCCUCAACUUCUUCACACUGGACCCUGCCAUUGGCGAGUUCAUCCUGACUGAGAGGAAUGUGAAGAUCAAGCCGAAAGGAAAGAUCUACAGUCUGAAUGAAGGCUAUGCCAAGUACUUCCACCCCUCCAUCAACGAGUACCUCAAGCACAAGAAGUACCCGCAGGAUGGCAGCUCUCCCUACGGAGCACGUUAUGUGGGGUCUAUGGUCUCAGAUAUUCACCGCACCAUCGCCUACGGAGGGAUUUUCAUGUACCCCGCCAACGAGAAGAGCCCCAAGGGGAAGCUGCGGUUGCUGUACGAGUGCAACCCCAUCGCCUUCCUCAUCGAGCAGGCGGGCGGGAUGGCCACCACCGGCAGCCAGAGGGUGCUGGACGUUCAGCCCGUAGAGAUCCACCAGCGGGUCCCCUUCGUGGUGGGCUCCCCCGAUGACGUAAACGAGUUCCUGACCUUUGUCAAGAAGCACCAGUGAAGCUGCACAGCUUUAUAGCGGUCUCCCAACGCUUCUAUCAAACGAAUGUUGUUUUUCUCAGAAUACCAGGAUUUAAUUGUUGGAUCUCUAUGUACCAAAAUGGAAUAAUUAUUUAGCAGUUAUAUUCUAAAUGUAUAAAUUCAUCACAAAUCGUGGAGUAAUACUGGAAUAAUAGAAUAAUAAAAUAAAAAUGUACAUAAUAUUUUAAUCGUUCAUUUAAAUAGGUAACUUAAACCUAUGGUAUUUAUUCAUAGUUGCAGAAUAAUUGUGCAACAUAGGAAAAGGUCAUUCGUACCUUAAUAAAUAUCACUACAGAUUAUUUGUUUUCAUCAAAUAAAUAAAUGAACAAAUACUA